AUGAAGUGGAUGGUGGUGACCGUGGUCAGCCUCCAGCUCUUGGAGGCGGCAGUCAUCAAAGUCCCCCUGAGGAAAUUAGAGCCCAUCCGUGAGACCACGAAAAAGAAGGGCUUACUGGGGGAGUUCCUGAGGACCCACAAGAAUGACCCUGCCCAGAAGUACCACUUUGGCGACCUUGGUGUGGUCUACGAACCCCUGGCCUACCUGGAUAGUCUGUACCUUGGGGAAAUCGCCAUUGGGACCCCACCGCAAAACUUCCUGGUCCUUUUUGAAACAGGCUCCUCCAGCCUGUGGGUGCCCUCCGUCCAGUACCAGAGCCAGGCCUGCGGAAAGUCUGGCCGCUCCUGCUUCAGCCCCAACAUGUCCUCGACUUACUCCAGCAACGGGCAGACCUUCUCUGUGCAGUAUGGCAGUGGCAGCCUCAGCGCUGUCUACAGCUAUGACACUCUGAGGGUGCAGAGCAUCUAGGUCCCCAGCCAGCAGUUUGGCCUGAGUGAGCAUGAGCCAAGUCCCUGUUUCCUCCAGCUAAAGUUUGAUGGCAUCAUGGGCCUAGCCUACCCGGCCCUGGCCGAGGGUAGGGGCACCACAGCCCUGCAGGGCAUGCUGCAGGCAGGCCUGCUCAGCCCAGUCUUUAGUUUCUACCUAGGCAGGUAAGAUACUGCUUGUGGGGGGGUUCUCAUAUUCGGAGGGGUCGAGCACAGCCUGCGCAGGGGCCAAUCUACUUGCGCCAUAACCCAGGAGCGCUCCUGGCAGAUCAGCCUGGAGGAGUUCCUCAUUGGCGGCCACGCCACAGGCUGGUGCUCCCAGGGCUGCCAGGCCAUUGUGGACACAGGCACUUCUCUGCUCACCAUACCCCAGCAGUACCUGAGCGCCCUUCUGCAGGCUACAGGGGCCCAGGCGGACCAGUAUGGACAGCUUAUCGUGGGCUGUAACAACAUCCAGAACCUGCCCACGUUGACCUUCCUCCUCAGUCGUGUGCAUUUCUCCUUGCCCUACCACUCCUACGUCUUCACAGGCAAUGGCAUUUGCACUCUUGGGGUCCAGGCCACCUACCUGCCCUCCAGCAGUGGCCAGCCCCUGUGGAUCCUCGGGGGCAUCUUCCUCCGGUCCUACUAUUCCAUCUUCGACAUUGGCAACAACAGGGUGGGCUUCGCUACUGCCGCCUAG